UGCCAUCUCUUUACACCUCCUGUCUUCUCUUGUCCCCUGUCCCAGUCACUUGCCGGAGCUCGCUCGGUGCCUGCCCGGGCCAUGUCACUGCGCGGCGGCCGUGGGCUGGCGGCCAUCUCCCCGCUGUCCUCCCCGGGCACGGCCGAGUUCACGCCGCUGGCGCUGGACAGUGCGGACCUGGCGGGUCCGGACAGGUACCGGGGCACCCCGAAGAGGGGGGGCGAGGCGCUGCCCUUCCCGCGGCUGUGGCACACGCUGUCCCCGGAGCCCCUGGCCUCGGACUGUCCCCGGGACUCCGUCUCCUCGCAGCCCACGGGUUCUGGUGAGGGAUGGGGCUGCUCCGCCCCACAGCCGUCCCCAACUGCCCCCGGCCCUAGGGUCGUACCGAGGAUGGAGACGGAGGUGACAAUGGCAGAGGGGUGGGACACGGCGAUCCAGGAUGCCUGCUUUCAUUCGAUCCUUUCCUUUCCCGGCUCUUGCCGCAGGAAGCUCCUUCGCCAGGGGAUCCACUCCUUGCCGGUAGGUGCUGGAGGCUGUGCAGGAUCCUGCCGAGUCCCUGGCCGAGUUGAGACGAGAAGGAUGGAACCAGGAGAGGGCACAGGACUGUGCAGCACCUCUUACCCCCUGGCUGUCCCACAGCAGUGGCAGCUGGAAGCCAGCCCGGUCCUGGAGGACAUCUCCCAACUCCAGGUGCGCAGGGACAGAAUGCGGCGACGGCAGAGGGAGCCCGAGGAGAUGCAGCUGCCCUGGCAGAGAAAUGUCACCGUGCCCCAGGGGAUGGAGAACGUGGUGACCAUGCCAGUGAUAAAGAAGGAGGAGGCAAAGCUGCAUCUGGGGAAGUGCAGCCAGUGCUGGCAGCUCUUCUGCUUGCCCUUGGUGCCCGGCAAUGUCCCCAGGCCCAUCCUCAAGUAGGGACAGCCCUGUCAAGGCCAACAGAGGAGGGUGGCAGGCAGCCCUGACCAGGAGGCAUCAGUGCAGCUGGGAGUGGGGCUGGAGCGUUCCAGAUCUACCCAGCUUGAGGAGAUUGAGAGCCUGCUGGCUAGCAAUGACCAGGAGUUCACUGGGGACUUCUCCAAGCCUCAUCUCCUACCAAUGGUGGAGGGGAAGGACCCGGGCCUGAAGUACAUCUCUCCUGGCACGCUGGUGGCAGUGCUGACAGGGCACUUCAGCACCUUUGUCGAGAGCAGCAUUGUAGUGGAUUGCCGGUACUCCUUUGAGUACGAGGGCAGCCACGUCAAGGCUGCUAUCAACUUGCCGCUACAGCGGGACGUGGAAGAAUUGCUGCUGGAGCAGCCCAUCGUGCCCCUGGACGCCUGCAAGAGGGUGAUCAUCAUCUUCCACUGUGAGUUCUCUGUUGAGCGGGGCCCCAAAAUGUGCAAAUUCCUGCGGGAGAGGGAUUGGUCCUGCCACAAGUACCCGCAGCUGCACUACCCCGAGCUCUACGUCUUGAGGGGUUACCGUGAGUUCUUCUUCCCGAGCCACUGUGAGCCCCGGGACUAUCGGCCCAUGGAGCACCCGGUGUUCAAGGAGGAGCUGCACAAGUUCCACGGGCAGAGCCGGUGCAGCCGGUAGGCACUCUUCGUCUGUGGGCAGGACCUGUGACCAUCCCACGUGAAUGCUGGACCUGGGAUUGUAGGAAGGAUUCCUUUGGUCAGGGAUGCACCUCGGCUUGGUCUGCUUUGAUAGGAUGUGUUUGGGAUGGUGUUUAGUGUUAAGAUUGGUUUUGCAUUUGUUUGUUGCUACAAAUACUUUUUUUGUCUUUUGUAAUAAAUAUUUUUUAUUUAUUGCCAUACAUAUUU